GGUCCUCAAUCUGGGGCACUUUUGCGCCCCGGGGGAUAUUUUGCAAUGUCUGUGAUUGUCAAGGGGCAGUGCUACUGGCAUCUAGCGGGUUCAAGUCAGGGAUGCUGCUAAACAUCUUACAAUGCCACAAAGAAUUAUCUCACCAAAAAUGGCAGUAGUGCUGAGAUGGAGAAACUCCUAGAAAAAAGGAGAUCGAUCAACCAGGUUGCUUGGAUGUAGACAUGACAUUGCCCCGAUUGUGGUGGUAGAAAUAAGAGGAAGCUGCUGCUUCUGCGGACCUCAUGUCUGAGAUAGCUUAAAUACUCACGCUCCUCCCCCCAACCCCUAACCUUGUCUUUGCACUUGGAAGCUCCACGGCUGGCAGCCUGGAGUCUCUGUGACUCUAGGUUUCCUGCAGCCUAUCUCUUCACUUCAGAAGACUCCAGACCUCGAAUCACUCCAUGCAGCCGAGAAAGGUGUUUCUAAUGUGGACCUCGAAGAGACAAUUUCUCAUCCUUUUUAACAUGAUCCUAAUUUCCGAACUCCUUGGGGCUAGAUGGUUUCCUAAAACUCUGCCCUGUGAUGUCACUCUGGAUGCUCCAAACGCCCAUGUGAUCGUGGACUGCACAGACAAGCAUUUGACAGAAAUUCCUGGAGACAUUCCCACCAAUGCCACCAACCUCACCCUCACCAUUAACCAUAUAGCGGGUAUCUCUCCAGCGUCCUUCUACCGGCUGGACCACCUGGUAGAGAUCGAUUUCAGAUGCAACUGUGUACCUGUUCGACCGGGGCCAAAAGACAAUGUAUGCACCAGAAGGCUGCAGAUUGAACCCAGCAGCUUUAGUAAACUCACUUAUUUAAAAUCUCUUUACCUGGAUGGAAACCAGCUUCUAGAAAUACCUCAGGAUCUUCCUCCCAGCUUACAGCUGCUGAGCCUUGAGGCCAACAACAUCUUUUCGAUCAUGAAAGAGAACCUAACAGAACUGGCCAACCUCGAAAUACUCUACCUGGGCCAAAACUGUUACUAUCGCAAUCCUUGUAAUGUUUCGUUUUCCAUUGAAAAAGAUGCUUUUCUAAAUAUGACAAAUUUAAAAUUGCUCUCCCUAAAAGAUAACAAUAUCUCAGCUGUCCCCACUAUUUUGCCACCUACUUUAACUGAACUCUAUCUUUAUAACAACAUCAUUGCGAAGAUCCAAGAAGAUGAUUUUAAUAACCUCAAUCGACUGCAAGUUCUUGACCUAAGUGGAAAUUGCCCUCGUUGUUAUAAUGCUCCGUUUCCUUGUACACCCUGUGAAAAUAAUUCUCCCCUACAUAUCGACCUAAAUGCUUUUGAUGCAUUGACAGAAUUACAAAUUUUACGUCUACACAGUAACUCUCUUCAGCAUGUGCCCCAAAGAUGGUUUAAAAACGUUAACAAACUUAAAGAACUAGAUCUUUCCCAAAACUUCUUGGCCAAAGAAAUUGGGGAUGCCAAAUUUUUGCAUCUUCUCCACAACCUUGUCCAAUUGGAUCUGUCUUUCAAUUAUGAACUUCAGGUCUAUCGUGCAUUUAUGAAUCUGUCAGAUGCAUUUUCUUCACUGAAAAACUUGAAAGUUUUGCGGAUCAAAGGCUAUGUCUUUAAAGAGCUGAGAAGUUCAUACCUCUCCCCAUUACAUAAUCUUUCCAAUCUUGAAGUUCUUGAUCUUGGCACUAACUUUAUAAAAAUCGCUGACCUCAGCAUAUUUAACCAAUUUAAAACAUUGAAAUUCAUAGAUCUCUCAGUGAAUAAAAUAUCACCUUCAGGAGAUUCAAGUGAAGAUGGCUUCUGCUCUAACAUGAGAACUUCUGUAGAAGGUCAUGGGCCCCACGUCCUUGAAGCAUUACAUUAUUUCAGGUAUGAUGAAUUUGCAAGGAGUUGCAGGUCCAAAAGCAAAGAGCCUCCUUCUCUCUUGUCUCUUAAUGAAGAUUGUUACAAGUAUGGGCCGACCUUGGACCUAAGUGGAAAUAAUAUAUUUUUUAUCAAGUCUUCUGAGUUUCAGCAUCUUUCUUUCCUCAAAUGCCUAAACUUAUCGGGAAAUAGCAUUAGCCAGACGCUUAAUGGUAGUGAAUUUCAGCCUUUAGUGGAGUUGAAAUAUUUGGACUUCUCUAACAAUCGGCUUGAUUUACUCUACUCAACGGCAUUUGAGGAGCUACGCAACCUGGAAGUCCUAGAUAUAAGUAGUAACAGCCAUUAUUUUCAAUCAGAAGGAAUAACUCACAUGCUAAACUUCACCAAGAACCUAAAGGUUCUGAAGAAACUGAUGAUGAACAACAAUGACAUCGCUACCUCCACCAGCAGGACCAUGGAGAGCGAAUCUCUUAAAAUUCUGGAAUUCAGAGGCAAUCAUUUGGAUAUUUUAUGGAGAGAUGGUGAUAAUAGAUACUUAAAACUCUUUAAGAAUCUGCUGAGCUUAGAGGAAUUAGACAUCUCUGAAAAUUCCCUGCGUUUCUUACCUAGUGGAGUUUUUGAUGGUAUGCCUCCAAAUCUGAAGACUCUCUCCUUGGCCAAAAAUGGGCUCACGUCUUUCAACUGGGGAAGACUCCAGUACCUGAGCAAUCUAGAAACGUUGGACCUCAGCUACAACCAACUGAAGACUGUCCCUGAGAGAUUAUCCAACUGUUCCCACAGCCUCAAGAAACUCAUACUUAAGAACAAUCAAAUCAGGCACCUGACAAAGUAUUUUCUACAAGAUGCUUUCCAGUUACGGAAUCUGGACCUGAGCUCGAAUAAAAUCCAGGUUAUCCAAAAGACUAGUUUUCCAGAAAACGUCCUCAACAACCUGAACAUUCUGUUUUUGCAUCACAAUCGGUUUCUGUGCAACUGUGAUGCUGUGUGGUUUGUCUGGUGGGUUAACCAUACAGAGGUGACGAUUCCUUACUUGGCCACAGAUGUGACUUGUAUGGGACCAGGAGCACACAAGGGCCAGAGUGUAGUGUCUCUGGAUCUAUAUACCUGUGAGUUAGAUCUGACUAACUUCGUCCUGUUCUCACUUUCCAUAUCGGCAGCUCUCUUUCUGAUGAUGAUCACAACAGCAAACCAUCUCUAUUUCUGGGAUGUGUGGUAUAGUUACCAUUUCUGUAAGGCCAAAAUAAAGGGCUAUCGACGUCUGAUAUCACCAAAUUCUUGCUACGAUGCUUUUAUUGUGUAUGACACUAAAGACCCAGCAGUGACAGAGUGGGUUUUGGAUGAGCUGGUGGCCAAAUUGGAAGACCCAAGAGAGAAAUGUUUUAAUUUAUGUCUCGAGGAAAGGGACUGGUUACCAGGGCAGCCUGUUCUGGAAAAUCUUUACCAGAGCAUACAGCUUAGCAAAAAGACAGUGUUUGUCAUGACAGACAAGUAUGCAAAGACUGAGAAUUUUAAGAUAGCAUUUUACUUGUCCCAUCAGAGGCUCAUGGAUGAAAAAGUGGACGUAAUUAUCUUGAUAUUCCUUGAGAAGCCCCUUCAGAAGUCCAAGUUUCUCCAGCUCCGGAAGAGGCUCUGUGGGAGUUCUGUCCUUGAGUGGCCAACAAACCCACAGGCUCAUCCAUACUUCUGGCAGUGUCUGAAAAACGCCCUGGCCACAGACAAUCACGUGACCUACAGUCAGGUGUUCAAAGAGACAGCCUAGCCCUUCUUUGCAAAAUGUGACUGCCUAACUUACCAAGGAGAGGCUCGGCUGCCUAGAUUGGCUCAUCCGUGUCCCACCAAAAGAGUGUUUUAAACUUUUCCAAGCCCUGAGAUUGCCCAUAUUGGAGAGGAGUCACCGAUAGAUGACAGAGGAACUGGAAAAUUGGGAUUUAUAUAAGCGUCAAGUCAUCUUUCUUAGCUCUCUCUGUCUCCAUUUGCAGUUGAGUCUCUGCCUUCUGCUCCUGUAUAAAAUACUGUUGGGAGAAGGGUGGCAAGUAGAGGACAUGGCACUUUGAUUCUCCUGGAAUUGUGAUUAUUACGUAAACACACAGUCACUAAAUUGAGAAGAACUGCAUUUCUACCCUUAAGAAGUACUGGUAUGUGUGGAAAUAGGGUAAAAAAAAAAAUGCUCAGGGUCUACCUAUAUGACAUUAAAAUGCACCAGAGUUAAUUAGUGGGAAUAAACCAAAAACAAAAACAGUUAACUCCUCAACCAAUUGCUUGAGUGUAAUCUAGCACCCCCUUCUGUGCAGACUGAGUGUUGGCACCCAACAGGUGGUUGCUGCUCAAGUGCUCCUCGCUCGUUUCCCCUGGGCCUGUUAUUGGGUUCUAUGGGGAAAUAGAAACAUCUUUGCCAUUGAUGGACAUAGUCUCCUUACAAAUGGGAGAAAAAUAAAGUGCUCUGCCUUUAUGCAAAAUGAUGCUCUUCACCUUUGAUGAUAAUUUACCUGCUUAAAUAUUGCUGUGGACUAAAUGUUUGUGCCCACCCCCAAAUUCAUAUGUUGAAAUCCUAACCCCCAAUAUGAUGGUAUUAGGAGGCGGGGUUUUUGAGAGGUGAUUAGAUCACGAGAGUGGAGCCCUCAUGAUGGGAUUACUGCCUUAGAAGAAGCAGCCAGAGGACUGAGGAUACAAAGAGAAGUGGGCAGUCUGCAAGCCACAAGAGGACUCUCACCAGAACCAGAUCGUGUUGGCACUCUGAUCUCAGACUUCCGUCCUUCAGACCUGUGAGAAAUAAAUGUUUGUUCUUUAAGCCACCCAGUUUGUGAUGUUUUGUUAUAGCAACCAAGCUAAGACAAAUAUUUUCAUCUGCAUUGAAAAGUACUGUAUCCAAAGAAAAAUUGCCUCAUCCAAUGAUCUUUCAAACUGCUUUGUUAACUAAUACUGUAUAUUUAUAAUCAUCUGAAAACUUGAUCCAUCAACAUUAGACGAUUUUGGUGGUAAACUCUGAAGAAGGACCCCAAGAGCGUGUAUUUAUUUAGAAUUAUCAGGCAGGGAUGACAACUGCAUGGAUUCCUUUAAAUUUGGGGGUCGGGGGAGGAACAGAGGUUUUUCGACCUUAACACUGAGAAAGCCUCAGUCUUGAGCUUCGGCUUCACUACUCAGAAAAAGAACAGAAAGGACCAAGAUGUUCUGAAGACACACCUUCCAAGUGGGUAUAAAUCUGCAUGAGUUCAAAGUUUGAAACGUGACCAGUUUGCUUUUAUUUUGUGAAAGAAGUUAUCUACAGAGGUGUCUGUGCCCUUUGGAAGAUAGUGUGUAAGGGUUCACAUCUGAGAGUAUGAGCUGGGAGAUACUGUAUUUUCCUCGUAUGUGGAAAAGCCAAAGGUUUUACUUUAAGGAUGGCUAUCCAUACACAGUAUAUAAAUUAUUUCCAAAGGACACAUAAUCAAUUAAUAAGAGUCACAAAUUCCCAAAUUAAUCUCUGGAUUGAAUAGAGCCAAUGAUCUGACAACCUCUAUAAACUUGAUUGUACUUCAUAGAUGCCUUCUUCGGUGAAAACAAAGAUAGCAUCAUAAAAAUUGGCUUUGGCAUGAUAAACUUUCUUCUAUUAAAACACAUAAAUACAGGGACCUCCCUGGCGAUCCAGUGGUUAAGACUCUGUGCUUCCACUGCAGGGGGCACGGGUUCGAUCCCUGGUCGGGGAACUAAGAUCCCGCAUGCCACGAGGUGCAGCCAAAAAACACACACACACACAUAAGGUUUAAGCUAUUUUGGUGAUUCAUGAAGCACUUGAAGACAACUUAAAUAUCUGAAAUGGAUCAAGAGGAAGGGAAACUGAGAACAAUGCAACUCAGAAACCACAACGUAUUUCAACAUGAGAUUGUGUACAGUGGUUUGUUGUAAGAAAUGACCAAAAGCACUUCAACAGAUGGUUUUCAUUUUAAUUCCUUUGUAAUCUCGACAAGUCACUCUUUGAACCUCCUGACAGUCUUCUGUGGAGUCUUGUUCUAUUGGAGCCAUUCAUAGAUGGCACAGAUCAAAAGCCACCAACUCAGGCCACCAGGAGCGCAUGAUGGCUAGUUCUCCUGCCAAGCUCUGAGUGUCCUGCUCUCAGCUGACCCGCUUCUGGUUGGCGCUGCUCUAGAAGGGACUCCUGAUUCUCCAUAAAUCCCACUCUACCAUCAAGGGGUUCCCAACCUCUUUCAACCCUGAACCUGGCCAGGGUGUGUCCUUCCUCCUCGGAUAGAGGCUGUACCUCAGCAAGACUUGGGCAUCUGUUAGGAUCCAAGCCAAGGGAAGCAUUAGGCAGGUAAGUGUUAAGGCUGAGAAUAAGGCAAAGCAAGUGUUUGCAGCCCAUAGAACGGAGAGAAGAUGAGUCUAACCAUAGCCCCGCUGCUGACUCAGGGUCUCUUGGCCCCAUCCUCACAUCUACUUCCAGCUCUAUCUGUCUGAAUGGUCUUAGGUCCAGCUGGUCUCUUAAAUGUAGUCAGGGAAUACAGAGUAUAUGAGGGGGGCAGUGGUGACUUAACAACCUGGGCGUCUUGUUCCCCAGUCUCCAAGGAAACUGUAAUGGGGACAGCAAGGAUGCACACUCUUCUUUUUCAGGAACCUGUCCCCCUCCACCCCCAUAAAACAUGCUUUUUAUUUACUUCCUCCUUCUCAUCCUAACCAGAGAGAACCAGGUUGCAUCUCCUGUGAGGUAUUUAUGCCCCAGUUUUAAAACGGGGGUGGGGAUAAGGUUUGAUUUGUCCUGUACCUCUCCUGCACGCCCUCAAGUGGGCAGAGAACACUGGUUAUGGGACAGAUUUACUGGCCUGGUGUGGAAGCUCAUCCCUCCUUAGAGCCUUGGGAUACCAGGCCUCAGGAGCAGUUAGUAGUGGGACAUGCCACCAGUCACCUCUGCUGGAAGCUCGAGCCCUUGAGCCUAAGAAGCACUGGGAAUUCUUUGUAUCUUCUGAAGUACAAAUAUCAGUGUGGGAGGGAAAUGACCAAAGAACGUGAUUGAGGGCGACUCAAAAGAUGUUCUCUGGAGAACACGAGGACUGAAAGUGAAUCCCUGUCACUGAGUUAAUGUAAUGAAGGAGAACACGAGAGGCACCAACCAACCAACCAACCAACCAACCAACCUAGUGAAGGGGAAGGGUUACAAAGAGAGGAGAAAGUCCCAAACUUGUGAUGAGAUUGUGUGGAAGAAGGCCUGGUGACACGGGCCAUCCAUGCUGGUGACACUGAGAUGACAACAGGGCAGUGUCACACUGUUUGGGGUUUUAUAUGUUUUUCCAUCUCUCUUCUUUUGCCUUCCCCUCCCUCUCAGUUUCCUUUUCGGCUUUAGGCACCCACGGCAAGCCUCGUGUCCUACACAAGAAUGAACAGAAAGAGCUGUUGUUGCAGGUGGAUUCUUCUGUUCGGAAGCAGUGGUUUGGUGUGUACUUUUGGUUUAAAACUGGUCUCUUUCCCACACAUACAGAGUAAAUCCCCACCUGCUUCAGUGAGCACGAGCUUCUGUAAUUGGCAUGGUGAAACCUUCCCUGGGUGACACUGGCCGGACUCUCUGUCACAUUCAAACUCAUAUUCUUUCAGCUUAUCCCAACUUUCAAGCAUGUGGGUUAAGAAACUGAGUAAGAUCUGGUGCUCUGCCUCAAGAUGACCCUACUGCUGGGUUGUAAUUAAUUUCUAACGUGUUUGCCAUGACAUUUCAAUGAUUGUAUUUCUUCAUGUAUAUAUCUCUUCUCCCUCUUCGUCAUUUAUAUUAAUUGUUUUGGAAGAGCCCAGACAAACUGACUGAGGAGGUUUGAGUCCCAGUGUCUCACAACAAGCACCCUCCAGAGAGAGUCUGUUAGGUUCUGGAGGAUAACAGGAAGCCCCCGUGGCCUCGUGGCAGUUUUCACACAUCCCUAGAGCCCGCCAGUGGUCAGGGUGAGGCGGGCAGAUGCUUCCACACACAGAAAAUGGUUCUCAGCGUCCUUCUGGCUGGUGACACCCCUGAAGCAAAGGCCAGACAGAGACAGCCAACUAGGGCACCAUCUUUGUCUUGUAUGAUACACAUGACUACUUCACUUCUCACUGGCCAAGGAGAUGUAGCGGGUCAGAGAUUCCAGAGGCUUUCAGAAUAGUGAAUUUCCUGAGCUUACGUCUUGAGCCAUAGAAGUUUGUAGGAACAUCUCCAUGAACCCAUAUCUGAGGCCCAUUGUCCAGGGGGACCAAGCUGCUAAGAAGAGCAGGGGUCGGGGGGCUGUUUGGGCAGUUAGAACUAGCCUGUUGUCCUGCAGUCACCCUGGAACAGUGGGUAACACUCCUGCGCCAGGUCCAAGAGGAGGCCCGCCAAGCAGGACCUUGUAAGCAGGUGAUAUGCAUUAAAUAAAAUGGUUUACAGUGCCCAUCUCACUGCCCUAGGUCCUCAUUUCCCACCAUUUAGUUGCCUUUCGAAGGAAGCUGAAUCAGAAGAAUGAGUUUUAAAAUAAUCACCAAUUUGGCUCCUACUCUUGAGGACAGGCCCCCAAGGGGAUGACAGGGUGAGGAGAGAGCAAGGAGGAUCUUAGGAUGAAGGGCGGAGGGUGAAGUCACUGGUACCGGGACAGUGUUAUCGAGUGGGGGCUGCAGGAGGAAGAGGAGGGAAGGAAUCAUAUUUAUUAAAAUAGCAGCAAAGCCAAGUUCAAGGCUUCAUUUAUUCUGUUAAAUCUUCACCUCAGCUCUAUGAGGCUGGUAUUAAGAGCCCCGUGUCAAAGAGGAUGGGUUAACUCAGAGAUGAACGUGGGGUCAGACAUGUUAAGUCAACUGCCAAGGUCACAGGGGCAGUAGAUGGCCCUGCCCCGAACUGACCCAGCUCUGUCCAGCCAGGUCAGCUGUUUCUCCAAUUUUACAGGGAAUCAGAAUCACCAAAGGAGCUUGGAAACCAUGUGGUUGCAGGCCUCCACACCAGAGGUCCUGAUCUCUGGGACCCAGGACUCUGCAUUUCUGAAACUAGCCCAAGUGCUUCUGAAGCAGCUGCUCUGCAGAGCCCCGUUUGGGAAGGGCCACAUCUUCCUUUGGGAUACCAGGGACUGUUAACUCAGGGAUCACUUCAGCAAAGAAAGCCCGAACCCCCAGGUCUUGAGCCAUGUCCAGGGUUUCACGGUAUGUCCACACGCGGGAUUUCACUGCAGCCUUGAUGGGUUGAAGCCAUCUGCGGCCCUACGAGUACACUGGUGCUCAUUGACGCCAGAGGAAAGGGUCACAGCCAGCGCCUUGAGUGGCCCUCCCGGCCUACUGCGGGAAACAGCCUAGAGCUUCCUCUGCAGCCAUGUCUGACAAACCCGAUAUGGCUGAGAUUGAGAAAUUCGAUAAGUCGAAACUGAAGAAAACAGAAACGAAAGAGAAAAAUCCACUGCCUUCACAAGAAAAAAUUUGUCUGAUGAGGAGAGAUGUCUUUAAACGAAAGUACUGAAAUCCUAUGCUCGGCUAUACUGAAUUCGCAUCUCCAGCCCCCUCCAUCUUUUUUUUUUGUCUUUUUCUUUUCCGGUCGCAGCGAUUGAACAGGAGAAGCAAGCAGGCGAGUCGUAAUGAGGCGUG